AUGAGGGACCACUUAUAUCUUUUCAUCUUUAUGUUUCAUUUCAGUACAGACUGUAUUGUUUCAGAUAUGGAUCAGACAAUAAAAAUAACAGGAUACACAGGUGGUUCAGUUGUGCUGCCCUGCUCCUGUGCUGACACUCAGUCUACAGCCACAACAUUCAUCUGGGAGUUUCAGCAGCAAAAUCAGUGGUUUCAAGUAUUUCAAGAUGUGAAAUACAGCGGCAGACGUGUGCUGUUUAAUGAAAGUUCUCCAACAAAUCUGUCUCUUCUCAUUUCUGACCUCAGAAUGGACGACCAGGGCUACUAUGGCUGUAAGACUGAAGCAAAUAGAAUUACAUAUGUUGACUUAAAAGUUAAAGGGUGUGAUCUGGUUGAGAACAGAAGGACAGUUGUAGUGACUGGAUAUUCAGGAGAGUCUGUGGUUCUGCCCUGUUCCUGCACUGAACUACUGGCUAAACCUCAACAGAUACAAUGGAUGUAUCUGAUAGAGAAUACAUAUAAAGAAAUUUACCCAAAUGAACAGACUGAGAAUUACAAGAACAGAGUCAAACUGUUAAAUCCAAACACUCCAGGAAAUCUUUCUCUACACAUAUCAGCACUGACCACAGAGGACCAAGGGCACUAUCAGUGUUUUGUCUCGUCUCAGCAAGUAGUCGGCUUCAUACUUACUGUACUUCACGCUGAAGGUACAAUGUAA